UCCAAUCAGUGCCAAUAGUUAAAAAAUUACGCGCGUUAUGUCGAUUUUCUGGUUAUUAUGUUUGGUGUGCAGCCAUAUUGGACUCACCGUGUGCAAAUCUGAGACAAAUGAUGUAUUCGAAUUUGGAGUUGACAAGGGAAGGGUCUCAUUUAGUGAAGUCGGCAGUAUUGGCCUAUUUGAAAAAAUAAAAAAAAUACCGAUUAAGAUACCGUACUGCAUGAAGCUGACGUACGUACGCGUGGAGGUGGACAACUCUCUGGGCCCGCCCGUGGUGACGCUAGACUACGGCCUGCUGAUGACCACGAUCCGCUACCGCCCGCUGCAGCAUAGCAGUUCGACCUACUCCGUCAUCGCCAAGGCGGUGCCCAUCAAGGACUGCGCCUCGCCCGAACCGGACGAUUAUUAUUAAUUAAUAAACCAUGGCUGCUGAGGACUUGA